AUGAAGCUCUUUACAAAUUACAUAGUUUUCGAUCUUGAUGGCACUUUGGUGAACUCCACUGAUGCCGUGGAAGCUAUAUGGAAGGAAACCGUUGACCAGCACAACCUUGAAUAUCCAGAUCAACAGAUCGACCUAGCGCAGUUCUUGACCACAUCUCAUGGUUCCAGAACCGUGGAAACGUUUGAAAAGUGUUUUCCAUAUAAAGACAAGUCUGUUGAGUUCAUCAGGCUGUUUGAAUUGUCAAUUGCCACAAAGUAUGGCCAUUUGGCGAAGGAGGUUCCUGGAUCAACUGAUGCCUUGAACAACCUCAAUGCUCAGGCUCCAAAGUCCUGGGCUAUCUGCACGUCGGGUACCUACAAACUAGCCCAUGGUUGGUUUCCAAUUGUGUAUAAGGAUGUGGCCAAGCCACUGGUCUUCAUCACUGCUGAUGACGUCAGCCAGGGUAAGCCCAAUCCGGAAGGGUACCUCAAGGCUGCGACUACCUUGGCUGAGUUGAAUGACAAGAAAGGAAAGACUGUCGUUUUUGAAGACGCCCCUACAGGUAUUCGUGCUGGCGUCAACGCUGGUUUUACAGUAAUUGGUAUUGCUACUACAUUUUCCAAAGCGAUUUUGGAAGAGGCUGGUGCAUCCUUCUCCAUAUGGACUUCACUGAUGAUGGCAUUAACUUAG